AUGCUGCGCUCGCUGCUCUCCGGCUGCCUCUGUCCCCUCGCAGGUAAGAAGAGCCCACCUGCUGAGGACAAAGUUGUGUUAACACACAUGAAGAUACUGAGCAAUGAAGGAAUUCAAAACCCAGGGUUAAUCCCAGAGGCUCCAGCUGACACAGCCUGCACAGAAGAGUCCCAUCUUCCCGGUGCCAGUCUCCCACCAGACUGCCUGGGAAGCCCAGACGCAGCAGAUGCAGGAGAUGCAGCAGAUGCAGCAGAUGCAGACUGUGUGGAUGGCUCGGCAAGCAGUGACUGUGUAGCCACCCUGCCUGACCUCAGCGCCUUCGAGUCCAAGUGCCGGCUUCACAGAUUCUCCAAAUUUGAAUCUGAGGACUCGGGGGUCGAGUUGCCAAGUGGUGCCAAUUCUCCAUCAACGCCGACAGGCUCAGAGAAGAGCUUUGUGCUCCACAGCAGAGACUCAUUCUGUGACUCAGGUGUGCUCAGCACCUCCUCUUCUCCAGAAAUUGACCAUCAGUUAAUGAGAACAUGUAAAGAGCAUGCCAGAAAAGUUAGCGUCCAAGAUCCAGAGAGCAAAAAGCAAGCUGAUUACUACAGUCAGGAGGCAGAUGCUGUGCAGGAUCCUACAGCUUCCCUUGAAGACUUCAAUGUCCCUCAGGAAGAAAGUCCUGAUGAACAUUUUGACCAGGGCGACAAGCAGCCUCCAGAAAAGGAACCUAUCCCAGAGAUGGACCUUUACAGGGAAAGUACUCUUUCUACCCCAGGUCCCACAGAAGAGCCAAAGACAAUUGCUGACAACUUCCCAGAGAAUUUUGGCAGCAUGCAAGACCUUCAGAUCCAUGAACAUCAGCUGAAGAAAUACCCCACAAGUGACAGUCUGGAUGAAUACAUGGAUGAAUGCUGUAGGCUAAGUGAGGUGAACCAAAGUAACAGCAAACCCCUGGGAUCUGGUCUGGGAUACCUAGAACACAUCUGCCAACUGAUUGAGAAGAUUGGGCAGCUUCAGGAGCACAACCUGCGUCUCCAAAAACAAGUGUGCAGCUUGCAGAAAGAGCAGAAGAUGAGUCAGAUAAAAGAGGAAUAUCUUCUGCAGCAUUGCUCCUGUGGAGCUGUCAGUAUCUUCCUUAACUCAUAUCAAGACAUGAAAACAAGUUUUGCUGGGAGGAGCAGACCUCACAGCCUCUUGGUUCAGACGGGAAACCCUUCUGAUCUUUCCAUCAUCCCAGAAAUAGGAGCAAACACUGAGAAGCUGAGCAACUGCAAUGGAAGUGAGAGACACUUGGAAUCAGGAAAGAGCCAGCUGAUGGUGGGGCUCAGGAAGUCAUCAAACAAUAGGAACAACAAGGAGAAUGAGUUCAGAGAAGCUGGGAGUAUGGCUGAGGGACAGGCUUUUCUGUCAAAGGACCCUGCAGUAAGAAAGGCUCUGGACGUCAGCAAGAACAUCUCGGGUGAGGGCCAUGCUUGGAAGAGAAUGAGAGAUCUUAUGAGGAGGACACGAUUGACAAACCAGAACAAGCUGGGGCUGUCCUCUGCUGCUCUGAAGAGGUCCUGCCCACAGUUGUAUAGGCCAGAUAUUAUGUCUUCAGAACUGAGGAAGACUGAGAGAAACUCUAUGAUUGUUCUGGGACAAAAUACGAAGAACGAAAACUUAUGGCCUUUCUGAUAACCUGAGUCAAAUGGAGCAAGAAAGUCAAGGCAAGAACACCAAAGGACAAAAAAAUCAAGAACCGUGGGGUUACUCUGUGCAAUCUACAUCCUACAAUUGUCAACAGAGCAACUCUGAAUUGAGUGUUGGAAGGGACAGAAGGAAGGGGGAUGUUGAGAAGGGUCUGUGGGCAAAUACACGCUCAGCUAUGUAUGGCUUUGCUCCCAAAUCUGAAGUGUACUUUAAAAAGUCAAGCUACAGAUGAAAAUUGCUGUUAGCUUCUUGCAACACAAACAACAGGGACUUCUAAGAUUUGGAAAAUCUUCUUCUCUGGGUUGGGAACAGAAUUACCUGAAACACUGAAGCUUUUAAACUAUCAUUACUUUCUGGGGACUUUUCCAGCUGAAAUAAACAUUAGCUUUGUAGGACAUAGCAUCAUCUAGAGGAGUGCCAGAGACUCAUUGCCCAGGGCAGAGGUGGCUGUUGCAAGGACAGCCUCCUCCCUCUGGGGAACC